AUGGCGCCCGUGGAGGGCUCUAGCUCCAUCUUCGCCGUCGUCUGGAACCUUCCUCCGGGUUACCACCAGUACAAAUUCAUUGUGGACGGCGAGUGGCGGCACGACGAAUCCCAGCCGUUCAUGCCCGAUCCCCUCGGCAACGUCAACAACUGGCUGCUCGUGCGAGAUUCCGACCCCAACGCCCAUCUCACCCCACCAUCCGCCGCCGCUGCCACUGCCGCCUCCCCUGCCGCCACCGGACCUGCCGGCUUGGCCGGACCUGCGCCAGGCGCGGGAGAGCGUGGGGGGGUGGGGGAAGCAGGCGCGGGCGGGGGAGGUGGGGGAGGAGGAGGGGGAGCGGGCGGAGGAGGCGGGGGAGGAGGGGGUGUUGUGGGCGGGGUGGGGUUCGGGAUAGGAGUGGGCGCUCAUAUGGAUGUUGAUGGGGUUGAAGUCACAACAUCACACCCACAGCACCAUCUCUUGACAGGAGCAGGGCACCAGCACCACCACCACCCAGGCGCUGGGGCAGCAGGGGGAGGAGGAGGCGCGGGAGGAGGCGGAGGAGGAGGCGGGCACUCGCACCAGCACUCACACUCGCACAGCCACGCGCACCAUGGGAUUGGGCUUGGUCCGUCAGCAGUGACAGCAUCCCAGCACACCCCUGCACACAUAGACUCGCACAGCCACACCCAGCAAGCAGCCUCGCAGGCAGCGCAGCAGCAGGGGGGCGCGGGGGGAGGCGGGGGGGGGGGGCUGGUAGGGGGGGAACCAGGGAGAAUGGUCACCGGGGCGAUGGUAGCAGGGGGGGUGGCGGGGGCGGGGGCUGGGGGAGCGGCGGUGGGGGGGCUGGGGGGAGCGGGGCUGGUGCUGGCGGAUUCGAUGGGGGCGGUGUCAGCAGCGGAUGCGGAGUCGUCUCGGCAGCGGUUUGUGGACUUUCUGCAGAGGCACAAGGCGUAUGAGCUGCUGCCCGAGUCAGGCAAGGUGGUGGCACUAGACGUGGCUCUCCCAGUUAAGCAGGCCUUCCACGCCCUCUACGAACAGGGCGUGCCAGCAGCGCCGCUGUGGGACUCAGAGAGGCAGGAGUUCGUGGGCAUGCUCAGCGCCUCUGACUUCAUCUCCAUCCUCACCCAGCUGCACUGCAACAGCGCAUCGCUGAGCGAGGAGGAGCUGGAGACGCACACUAUAGCGGCGUGGAAGGAGGAGAAGCUCGCCCUCGCCACGCCCCUCGACGCCCCCCACACGCCCGCACGCCGCCCCCUUAUCUAUGUUGGACCGGACGAGACACUGAGGAAGGUAGCGGAGGUGCUGCUAACAAGGGGUCUCGCCAUGGUCCCUGUGCUCUACUACCCCGAAGCCCGCACCUCCUCCUCUGCUGCUGCUGCCGCUGCUGCUGCGAAUGCUGCAUCCGCCUCUGUUGCAGAAGCGCCACCGCCGCCGCAGCUGCUGCACCUGGCAUCGCUGGCAGGCAUUCUUAAAUGCGUGGCAAAGCACUUCCGGCACGUGGCAGGCUCGUUGCCGCUGCUCUCACAGCCGCUGGGAGCGUUACCCAUUGGCACAUGGGCAGCGGAGAGUGGGCGCUCCAACACGCGCCCCAUUGUGGUUCUGCAGACCUCCAUGUCGCUCUUUGCUGCGCUCUCGCUUCUGUUGCAAGCGGGUGUGUCAUCUUUGCCAGUGGUGGAUGAGAGCGGGGCUCUUAUCGACAUCUACGCGCGAAGUGACAUCACAACGCUAGCCAAGGAUCAUAUGUAUGCACGGCUCAACAUUGAUGAGUUCACUGUUGGCCAGGCCCUGCAAUACCGGCAGGACGCAGGGGCGGUAGGGGCGGCAGCAGCGGGCGGCACGCGGUGUCACAUGUGCCUGCAGUCUGACAGCCUGCGAGUGGUGGUGGAGCGAUUGGCCAUGCCAGGGGUGCGCCGGCUUGUGUGUGUGGAGGCGGGCAGUCGGAGAAUCCAAGGAAUUGUCUCCCUCAGCGAUCUCUUUCACUUCCUCCUCUCCUAA